UAAUGCAUUCAGAGAACCCAACAAAACCAGUGAAACGCCAGUAAAGCCCAAUCCUCAUCUAUAGGACCAGAAUGGAAGAUCUGGCUUCUUGACGAGUCGCGAUGUAUGAAUAUCCACGGUGUGUUGACGUGCCUACGUAGACGCACCAGUUGUUCCACAUUUGGACGCCUCGCUUUUAACCUCCACUUCAAUGGGCAGACCCAGCAUGCCGGUCUGUGAUUUGUGACUGGAGUUUGGCGAGAGCAUGCGUCCAUGGACGGGCUCAUGGCGCUGGAUAGCGCUGGUCCUGCUGGCAUGGGGGACGUUGCUCUUUUAUAUCGGGGGUCAUCUGGUGAAAGACAACGAACAUGCGCCGCGCUCCAGCCGUGAGCUGGCCAAGAUCCUCACCAAGCUGGAGAGACUGAAACAGCAGAACGAAGACCUGCGACGCAUGGCCCAGUCUCUACGGAUGCCGGAAGGACAGUCGGAUGGGCCAAUAUCGUCAGGAAGACUCCGCUCUCUUGAGGAACAGCUAAGCCGGGCCAAACAGAAGAUCCACAGCUUUCAGAGAUUAUCUGGAGAAGUCGGCCCGGGUCGAGAACAGGAAGAAUUGCGGAGGAAGGUGGGGAAUGGAGUGAAAGAGCUGUGGUAUUUCAUUCGGAGCGAGAUCCAGAAGCUGAGUCACAUCAACCCGACUGACAGACAGAAACACACUGACACACUCCUGCAGGACCUGGGUCACCAACAGAGAACGAUCAUGACAGACCUGCACCUCCUCAGUCAGGCGGACGGAGCCGGGGAGUGGAGAGAGAAGGAGGCCAGAGAUCUGUCCAGUCUGGUGCAGAACAGGAUCUCAUACCUGCAGAACCCGCAGGAUUGCAGUAAAGCUCGUAAGCUGGUGUGUAACAUCAAUAAGGGCUGCGGAUACGGCUGUCAGCUCCAUCACGUGGUUUACUGCUUCAUGAUCGCUUACGGCACGCAGAGAGUUCUCAUCCUCGAGUCGCACAACUGGCGCUACGCUCCUAAAGGAUGGGAGGCGGCCUUCCUUCCCGUCAGCGACACCUGUACGGACCGAUCCGGAGCCACGACGGGACACUGGUCAGGUGAGGCUCAUGACCGGGACGUUCAGGUGGUGGAGCUGCCCAUUGUCGACAGCCUUCACCCCAGACCCCCGUACCUUCCACUCGCUAUCCCAGAAGACCUUGCUCCUCGACUGCAGCGUCUGCACGGUGACCCGUCCGUCUGGUGGGUGUCUCAGUUCGUCAAGUACCUGGUCCGACCUCAGGCCUGGCUGGAGAAGGAGAUCCAGGAAACCUGUGUCAAACUGGGCUUUAAACACCCGAUUAUUGGUGUCCAUGUCAGACGGACAGAUAAAGUCGGGACGGAGGCCGCGUUUCACCCCAUAGAGGAGUACAUGGUCCACGUGGAGGAACAGUUCCAGUACAUGGCCCAACGUGACGGACACGUGGAUAAAAAACGCGUGUAUUUGGCCACCGACGACCCCUCGCUGUUACAGGAAGCAAAAACCAAGUACGCCGACUAUGAGUUCAUCAGUGACAACUCCAUCUCUUGGUCAGCAAGUUUACACAACCGUUACACGGAGAACUCCCUCAGAGGCGUCAUCCUGGACAUCCACUUCCUGUCGCAGACUGACUUCCUGGUUUGCACCUUCUCCUCACAGGUGUGCCGUGUGGCUUACGAGAUCAUGCAGACUCUUCACCCGGACGCCUCCACUUUCUUCCGCUCUUUGGACGACAUCUACUACUUCGGUGGACAGAACGCACACAAUCAAAUGGCCAUCUACCCACACCAGGCCCGCUCGCCCGAGGACGUCCCGCUGGAGCCCGGAGACGUCAUCGGAGUGGCCGGAAACCACUGGGACGGAUACUCCAAAGGGGUCAACCGCAAACUGGGACGCACCGGCCUCUACCCGUCCUAUAAAGUGAAGGAGAAGGUGGAGACGGUGAAGUAUCCCACUUACCCCGAGGCAGACAAGCUGCUGAGCUCAUAGAACGACAGAGAUUCAUAAUCACGAGCGCCAGGACGGAUGAACUCGCCAUGCCGAGGAUCGCCGGAUGGACGCAACCUUUAUUCUAACCUGACUGAGGUUUGUAUAAAUUGCAUAAGGAUCUCACAGACUGAUGUGGACAUCGAGAGCCUUUGAAACGGCUCUCAGAUCAGCAGAAGCAAAUGAUUCAAACAGUUUUUUAUAUUAUUAUUAUUAUUCUCUUGCCUUCUUUGCCACUUUCUCUGUCCUUAAACUGGAGUGAAUCUCACAGAGGAUGUCAGGAAUAUGUUUAGGUCACAUUUCAUCCACAAAAUCAACAGAAAAAGUAAGAACUUUUUUUAUUUCUAAAGAAAAUUAAGCCUAUAUGAGAUAAUACCUCAAAUUAUAUUAUUUACAUGAAAAUCAGUGGGGUUUUUUGGUCAUUUUAUAAUAUGUAUGUUUAUUUAUGACAUUUGUUUAAUUUAUUCAUACCAUUACGAAAAAUAGGUUUAUUUUUUAUUUUCACGUUAUGUCAGUAUUUGUUAUGCUAUUUGUUUGAAUUUAUUAUUUUUUUAUUAAAUGAGAAUGAAUUACAAACUCAAAACCCUCUGAGACAUUAAAGCAAUGCAAAAUUUUCAUUUUAAAUGUAUUUAUUUAUUUAUUCAUAUUUAUAAUUGGUGCAUUUAUGUAUAAUAAGCAUAUAAUUAAGUAUUAUUUCAACAGUAUGGUAGUAUUUUCCUUUUAUUUAUCCUUUUACUAAACUUUGUCACAAACAGUAUAUUAUUCAAAUUGCAGAGAAAAUGUCAUUAUUUCUUUCAUUUGAUUUAGGGGUGAAAUAUGAUCUGGACAUUUUCUUGAAAUUGUGUUUCUCAUUUUUUCCAUCAUCACGCUGCGCUCUUACGUUCUCGAUCUGUCUUCUGUGCAUGUGUGUUCACACAAACUAUUUGUGCUUUAUUUAUUGUGCAUCCAGAGCGGUGCCUGAAAUGAAAGGAAACGGCUUUGGAGAACUUUAAUAUAUAUAUAUAAAAAAGGAAUUAUUAAAUAGUUAAGUUCACUUAACAAUUUACCCGUUGUUGUCAAAUGACUCAUUGUUACUGAUCCCUGAAUCAUUGGGCAAUUUUACAAAUGCACACAUUAAAAAAAAAAGUUAGCAUUAGUUUUGUAGUUAAAUAUAAUAAGACAAAAGUGAUCUCAUUAGAGAUUCAUAAGUAUUGUUAUGUAAAGUGUGACUUCUUUACAAUUGCACAGAGACAUACAUUACAACAUAAAUAUUUUGGCAUGUACAGCUUCAGAAAAGCAUUUUGGUUCACAAAAUAUAACAUUUAAAGGUCCCAAAAUUUGGUCCCAAGGGAAUGCAUGAAUGGAUAUAAAGUGCGCCUUAAAUGCAAUGCAGUUUGCUUUGGAUAAAAAUCAAUGCAUUAAAGAGUUUGAGCACAAAGUCCCUCCAGUGGGAGUUAUAUCUAUAGCUAUAUCAGUGUCAGUGUUUCUGAACUCCUGAAACGCCUCCAUUGUAGUCUUGAGUUUCUUCACACGUCACAA